AUGGUGCGCAAGCUCGCCUACCACGAGCGCAAACUCCUGCGCAAAGUAGACUUUCUCACCUACAAAUCUGACGGCCCUGACCAUCGCUCCGCCUCCGUUCGCCGUCGCUAUCACCUCACCGACCCUCUGGACUACUCCAAGUACAAUGCUCUGUGUGGAUCUUUGCGCCAGUUGGCGCAUAAGCUUGCCGACCUCGACCCAUCAGAUCCCUACCGCCUAGAGACAGAAGUGGCGCUGCUUGAAAAACUCCACCAAAUGGGUAUCAUCAAGCAGUCAAGAUCUCAAGGGGCAGGGCUGAGCGCUGUUGAGAAGGAGGUUACCGUGUCGAGUUUCUGCAGGCGACGGCUGGGUAUCCUGAUGGUUCGGAUAGGUAUGGUAGAGUUGGUCAGUGCGGCUCACAAGUUCAUCGAGCAAGGCCAUGUGCGGGUGGGAACAGAAGUGGUGACGGAUCCGGCCUAUCUGGUCACUAGAGGAAUGGAAGAUUUCGUGACUUGGGUUGAUGGAAGCAAGAUCCGGCGAACAGUGGAGAGGUAUCAGGGUAGAGAAGACGAUUUCGAUUUGCUAUGA